AUGAGCUCACAGACCCUGAGGAUCUGCACUUCAUGUAAAGUAUUGCGACGGAAGGACUGCGACGGCAAAACUCCUUCAUGUUUGAACUGCAUCAAAAGAAAGCGGGAAUGCAUCUAUCAGGUUGACAGCGACAAACGAAGACGAAAGUACCAUACAGACUAUACCCAAUAUCUUGAGAAAAAAAUACAGGUCCUUCAGGAAUUUCUUUCCAAACAUGAUCCGCAGCUACAUCUGGGCGAGCACAGCGAAGGGUCUGAAAGCUGGCUUUUUAAGCGGGUAGAUGAGGAAGCAAAACUGGCCACCCUUCUUAACGAGAUGGAUGACUUGCAUCUUGACAACUCCUCGGAGCCUGAGUUGCAAUAUGAGGAUCUUGCGCCCUUGGCUGGAGUUUCAGGAUUUAACGUGUACUAUAUUGAUCCGAUAUUCAAAACAGAACUGCUUUCGCUAUUCCAGAGGCACUGUUCUGAGGUCGUCUACGCUAUCAGCCUCACGAUACCCACCAUCGAGAUAUGGGACUUUUCGGCCGACACUGUUCCGUCCCAUCAGCUGCUUAUGCUCGCAGUGUAUGGGGUAGCUUGCUUAUAUUCCAAAAAUCCACUUGCGUCCAAACUCAGCAAAUUACUGAUAAACCAGGCUGCGCAAAUUGCACUAUAUGCGUCUAAAUUCAACUUGGACGAAUACCUGCUCCAGGGCCUUCUGCUUCUCUCAUGCUACGAAAUGGGCAUGGGUAAUGACUCGAUGUCUUAUCUAUACAUUUCUAUGGCAUGCUCUCUGACGCAGCAUAUGGGGCUCCAUAUAUCGUACGACGAGCAUUCCUCGGCGGCCAAGUUUGCACCACGAACCACUCCGUUCCAAUCAGCGCUUCUGUGGUCUAUCUGUACACAGGAUAGAAUUAUCACGUCAAGGAUUGGAGUGCCUUCUUGCAUUCACUUCAAGCGAAUUAUCUCUCCUGUCUAUGAGGUGCAACUCUCGCCGCGCGAUCCCAGCUAUCUGGAGGAGCUCUGUUUUUGCUACACGACUCGUGUGUGGUACAUCAUGGACAGGUUCACUGACCAAAUCUGUUCUAUACAAGGUGAUCUGGGUGAUACACAGGAACGAGGGAAACUGCUUAAAACCGCAGAGCUUGCGUUCCAGGCUUUGACGAAUUCAUUGCCUUUGCCGUUCAGAGCUGAAGAACACUCCAGAAGCUACCACAUAAUACUAUUCCAGCUCAACUACGAAGCAUGUGUGGUGCUGCUAUACAGAUUAUUCAUCGACGACCCCUCAAGCAGCAACAAAUGCGUUGCCUCGGCCACAGAAAUAAGCAGACUGACUCGAAUUUUGCUUGAAACGGGCGCCAUUGAACGGACGUCCUAUCAUUUUGGCUUCAUUUGCUAUUUGGCGGCAAUGAUACAUCUUGUGCUGUACUCCGAGAAGCUACGUCCAGAACAUCUACUCAACCUGGAAACCUGUGUCACCGCCUUGGACAUUUCUGGACAACGAUGGAAAAGGGGCGCACAGCAGCUGGAAAUGCUUUAUGAGUUUUCGCAAAGCCACGGAAUCAAUGUCCCAAUUCUAGAAACGCUCUCUUCCAGAUGGACGAAAUUUUAA